AUGUCAGCACAAAAAACUAAAACUUAUCACCCAGCUGGUGUACUGUACGGCAAAUGUGAUAAUCAACCAGUUACUGUUGAAGCUGUGCAGUUUCACGGAGUUAAAAUUACUAAAAGUGAUGCACUGUUAAAAGAAAUUGGAUAUCUUUACACAGUUUCAUCACUUCCGGAAUUGAUACGAUGUUGCGACUUAGCUGCCAAACAUCUUCGAGAAGUUGGCCUUGCGGAUAAUGUCACUCCACUUAUUGAUUCAGUGGCUGGAAAGCGGGGCAAAUACAUAGUUGAUUUUAUUAUAAAGGAGCCGAAAUCAUUCACUUUAGGCGUUAAGGCUGGCAUGACUAGUCGAGGUGAAACUGAUUACUCAUUGAAUGCUGGCAAGGAAAAUUUUGGGGGACGUGGUGAAUCGGUGAAUGCAUGUUAUUCCUGUACUUUUGAAGGUAAUAGAACUUUCAAUGUUUCAAUGACAAAACCUUUUUUGGGCUGGCAAAAGUAUGCUAACGUAGGAUUCUCUUUGUAUCAAAGUUUUGGAAAUUUACCGUGGAAUCUCAGUAAUAUGAAAGAAAUUGGACUGGUACUGCAGUAUAAUGGUCAGUUAUGGAACAGAAGACUUCACCAUAAUAUGAAAUUGAAUACGAUCUGGCGAAAAUUUUGUCCAACAGAAAAGACAGCGUUUGCGGUUCGAGAGUAUGCAGGCCACACAAUGAAGUGUUCAGUGCAGAAUUCAUUGGCAUACGAUACACGAGAUCGACCAAUUCUUGCUACAAAAGGUGUUUUACUAAAAAUUGCUCAGGAAUACGCAGGUCUUCUUGGUGAUGCAGCAUUUGUCAAGCAUCAAAUUGAUAUUCAAGCAUCUACCCCAUUACUUAUGGAUAUGUUCUUGAGCGCUUCAUAUCAGUUUGCGAUUAUCAAUACAUUAGCCGUUCAUCGUUCAUUACAUUUACUGGAUCGUUUGUAUAUCGGUGGACCUCAUGAUGUUCGUGGAUUUAGCUGGAAUACGAUAGGGGGUCGAGCGGAUUGUUCAUCUUGUGUUGGAGGAGCUACUUCUGCCCUUGGGGUUUUGCAUAUCUACAGGCCUCUUUUUCCACCAGAAAUGUUGUUUGCGCACGCAUUUGUUUCCGGCGGAACUGUAGCAUCUGUUGAUUCUCAGCAUCGACUGCGUGACAUGUCAAAUGCUUUACGUGUUACUGCUGGAUUGGGGCUAACAUUUUUAAUCAAAAACUUUGUUCGCAUUGAGUUGAAUUAUGUUAUUCCGUUGAGGUAUAUGUCAGGUGAUCAGUGUGCGCCAUCUUUCCAGAUGGGUGCUGGUCUUAAUUUCUUGUAG